AUGAGACCUUUACUAGUUAAUAGGAAACUAGUAAAUUUUCUGGAGAAAAUAAUGUUUGAGGAAUUAAGGAAUGCUUGUCGAGGUGGUGGUGUUGGUGGCUUCCUGCCAGCCAUGAAACAGAUUGGCAAUGUGGCAGCCCUGCCUGGGAUUGUUCACAGAUCUGAUGUCCAUUCAGGCUAUGGGUUUGCUAUUGGGAAUAUGGCGGCCUUUGACAUGAAUGACCCCGAAGCAGUGUUAUCCCCAGGUGGUGUCGGAUUUGACAUCAACUGUGGUGUCCGUUUGCUAAGAACCAAUUUAGAUGAAAGUGAUGUUCAGCCUGUGAAGGAGCAACUUGCCCAAGCUAUGUUUGACCACAUUCCUGUUGGGGUGGGAUCAAAAGGUGUCAUCCCGAUGAAUGCCAAAAACUUGGAGGAGGCUUUAGAGAUGGGUGUGGACUGGUCCCUAAGAGAAGGCUAUGCCUGGGCUGAAGACAAGGAGCACUGUGAGGAAUAUGGAAGGAUGCUGCAAGCUGACCCCAAUAAGGUUUCUGCAAGGGCCAAAAAAAGAGGUCUUCCUCAGUUGGGAAUCCUGAGAGCAGGCAACCACUAUGCAGAAAUUGAGGUUGUGGAUGAGAUUUUCAAUGAGUACACUGCUAAGAAAAUGGGCAUCGACCAUAAGGGACAGGUGUGUGUGAUGAUUCACAGUGGAACCAGAGGCUUGGGCCACCAAGUAGCCACAGAUGCACUGGUAGCUAUAGAAAAGGCUAUGAAGAGGGACAAGAUUAUAGUCAAUGACCGUCAGUUGGCCUGUGCUCUAAUCGCUUCCCCAGAGGGUCAGGACUACCUGAGGGGAAUGGCAGCAGCUGGGAACUAUGCCUGGGUCAACCGCUCUUCCAUGACCUUCUUAACCCGUCAGGCUUUUGCGAAGGUCUUCAACACAACCCCUGAUGACUUGGACCUGCAUGUGAUCUAUGAUGUUUCUCACAAUAUUGCCAAAGUAGAACAGCAUGUAGUGGAUGGAAAAGAACAGACACUGUUAGUUCACAGGAAGGGAUCCACCCUUGCUUUCCCUCCUCACCAUCUCCUCAUUGCUGUUGAUUACCAACUCACUGGACAACCAGUGCUUAUUGGUGGCACCAUGGGAACCUGUAGUUAUGUUCUUACUGGCACUGAACAGGGCAUGACUGAGACCUUUUGGACAACCUGUCAUGGAGCGAGGCGUGCAUUGUCUCGUGCAAAAUCUCAAUGUAAUUUAGAUUUCCAGGAUGUCUUAGACAAAUUGGAAGAUAUGGGAAUUGCAAUCCGUGUUGCCUCACCCAAACUGGUUAUGGAAGAGGCUCCUGAGUCCUAUAAGGAUGUGACAAAUGUGGUAAAUACCUGCCAUGGUGCUGGAGUCAGCAAGAAGGCCAUUAAACUGAGACUGAUUGCUGUCAUCAAAGGCUAG